GCCGGCGCUGCGGGCGCUGAUCCUGUGGUUGAAGGAACCAGCGCUGGGGAAGGGUCUUCAGUGCGGGCGGGAGGGAGCCGGUCUGGGUCCCUGGGAGUGGCAGCCCCCAGGUGUGCUCCCGCCCAGGUGUCGUCCGGACCUCUAGCUGCCUCCCCUUCCGGCACCCGGGCGAUGUCAGUUCUGCUAGGGGCCAGGACUCGUUGCGCGUCACUGAGUGUGCCUUAACCCCUUCCUGCGUUGGUGCCUCAGUUUACCUGGGGGGAGCUGAGAGAGGAGUCUCCCUGCCGGGCCAGGGCGGUGCAAGCGAGGCGGAGGGCAGCGGUGGCUGCGGAGCCGAAGCGGGAGUGGGAGCCAGAGCCGGGGCCGGGGCCGGGGCCGGGCCGCCGCACCGCGCUGCACCAUGGCGCCCACCCUGGCCACUGCCCAUCGGCGCCGCUGGUGGAUGGCCUGCACCGCCGUGUUGGAAAACCUCCUCUUCUCGGCAGUUCUCCUGGGCUGGGGCUCGCUGCUCAUCAUGCUCAAGUCGGAGGGCUUUUACUCCUACCUGUGUACUGAGCCAGAGAACAUCUCCAAUGCCACGACUGGGGGCACCACAGUGCCUGAGCACGAGGAGGUGAGCUGGAUGAACGGCUGGCUCAGUUGCAAGGCCCAGGACGAGAUUCUAAACUUGGCCUUCACCGUGGGCUCCUUCCUGCUCAGUGCCAUCACCCUGCCCCUGGGCAUCGUCAUGGACAAGUAUGGCCCAAGGAAGCUCAGGCUGCUGGGCAGCGCCUGCUUUGCUGUCUCCUGCUUGCUGAUCGCAUAUGGAGCCAGUAACCCCAACUCUCUCUCUGUGCUCAUCUUCAUCGCCCUGGCUCUGAACGGCUUCGGUGGGAUGUGCAUGACCUUCACCUCGCUGACGCUGCCCAACAUGUUCGGCGACCUUCGGUCCACGUUUAUCGCCUUGAUGAUAGGCUCCUAUGCCUCCUCGGCCGUCACCUUCCCAGGAAUCAAGCUCAUCUACGACUCCGGAGUGUCCUUCAUCAUCAUCCUCGUGGUCUGGGCUGGCUGCUCCGGGCUGGUUUUCCUCAACUGCUUCUUUAACUGGCCUCUGGAGCCCUUCCCGGGCCCGGAGGACAUGGACUACACGGUGAAGAUCAAGUUCAGCUGGCUGGGCUUUGACCACAAGAUCACAGGGAAACAGUUCUACAAGCAGGUGACCACGGUGGGGCGCCGGCUGAGCGUGGGCAGCUCCAUGAGGAGCACCAAGGAACAGGCGGCGCUGCAGGAGGGCCACCAGCUGUGCCUGUCCACCAUGGACCUGGAGGUGAAGUGCAAGCCGGACGCCGCAGCGGCCCCCUCGUUCAUGCACAGCGUGUUCAGCCCCAUCCUGCUGCUCAGCCUGGUCACCAUGUGCGUCACUCAGCUACGGCUCAUCUUCUACAUGGGCGCCAUGAACAGCAUCCUCGAGUUCCUGGUCAGCGGCGAUCAGAAGAUAGUGGCCCUCUACACAUCCAUCUUCGGCGUGCUGCAGCUGCUCUGCCUGUUCACUGCCCCGGUCAUCGGCUACAUCAUGGACUGGAGGCUGAAGGAGUGUGAGGAUGGCUCCGAGGAGUCCGAGGAGAAGGACGCCAACCAAGGCGAGAAGAAGAAGAAGCAGCGGGACCGGCAGAUCCAGAAGAUCACCAAUGCCAUGCGGGCCUUCGCCUUCACCAACCUGCUGCUCGUGGGCUUCGGGGUGACCUGCCUCAUUCCCAACCUGCCGCUGCAGAUCUUCUCCUUCAUCCUGCACACGAUCGUGCGAGGCUUCAUCCACUCUGCCGUCGGGGGCCUGUAUGCUGCCGUGUACCCCUCCACCCAGUUCGGCAGCCUCACGGGCCUGCAGUCUCUGAUCAGCGCGCUCUUUGCCCUCCUGCAGCAGCCGCUGUUUCUGGCCAUGAUGGGUCCCCUGAAGGGAGACCCUCUGUGGGUAAAUGUGGGGCUGCUGGUGGUGAGCAUGCUGGGCUUCUGCCUGCCCCUCUACCUGGUCUGCUACCGGCGCCAGCUGGAGCGGCAGCUGCGGCAGAAGCAGGAGGAUGACAAGCUCUUCCUCAAGAUCAACGGCUCCUCCAACCGAGAGGCCUUCGUGUAGCCGCCGCCGUCAGACGGAGCCGGCCUCGGCCCUCCCUGCUGCCGGCCCACGACCCAGGAUGCUCUCCCUCACCAUGGCGGCACCCACGCUCCCGCCCAGGCCCCGGGCCUGCAGUGAGGAGCCUGAGAGCGCUCAGGACUGCGGUCCUCCACUGUCGGAGGGGCCCCGGGGGGCUGAGGCCUUGGGGCUCGCGUGCUGUCUGUGGGCAGGUGUUCGCCCUCCAGAGUCUGGAGUCUGCCUCCUGCCAAAGCAGAGGAGUCCGCCAUCCACUGCCCGCCACCUGCUCCUCGGCCGCAUGCCCACCAGCCACACCCGCUGAGGACAAAGCUUGCUCUGUCUGCACCCCCUUGCCUGGCCCUCACCUCCUCCCCUGGCCAGUCUGAAGCUGCCUAAGGAAGGAAGGACCCGCUUCCUGUUGUUGGUGCUAACUCCAUUGUGAUUCCAGCCCCCUGUGGCCUGGACACACAGGGCCUGGCCUCCCAUUCAAGGCCAGCGGGGCAGCCCCCAGCACAUAGGCUGGGGAGGGGGCGGAGGGCGGGAGAUCACACAGAGCCUCAGCAGCUGGGGACGAAGCCUCCUGGUUUUCCCUAAGCUCCCCCCUCGUGUCCUGGGGAGGGGAAGACGUUUCCACUGCCACCCCCAGUCCAGUCUGCAGCCUACGUGAGAUAAAGGGGUGUGCCUUAGCCCCCCUUCCCACAGCUAUUUUCGUGGGAUGGGAGUAAGGCUGUGGCUCCCAGAUGCAGAUGUGGGUGAGCAGGUUUGGGAGGGGCGGAGGGGAGUGUGUGCGUGUGUGUAUGUAUGUGGUGUGCGUGAGACGGGGAUGGGGUAAAAGGGGUGGGCUCUGGGUAUCUCCCAGACAGGAGCCAGCCAGGCCUGCAGCGGGCCCACCCGUGGAGCCAAGCCUUGCUCAAGGCCUGGGCUCAUUCAGGGUCACAGCGCCCCCUGCUGGUAGAUGGCGCCAGCACCAGGAGCUGUUUCCAUGGGGGAGGCUAGGCCUGCCAGGCUCUCAGCAACCCACCCGCUUUGCCUGCCCCAGAAAUGUCCCAGACUUCCUGGGGCGCUGAGAGGGCUGGGUUGGUUUUCAGGUUUUUAGUUGUUUUUCUCUGGGUUUUAUCACCUUUUUUUUUUUUUUAAUAAAGCAAUAAACCCAUUUUGCUCCUAGUGAGGGAUGCCCCUCCUAGCAUGUCAGUACACGGCCCCAUGAGCCUGGUGGUGAAGGCAGGCAGGAUGAGAUGGGCUGCCACUGCCAAGCCCCAGCCCAAACAGCUGCUCACGUCUCGGGGUAGCAACCACCUGGGGAGAGGCCUUGCUCUCAUACCGCCGAAUACAGUGGGCCCGUGCAGGCUCCAGAAGUGCACCCCCCCCCCUUUAUCCCAGCCCCUUCCAUCUCCUACACAUGUGACCUGUGGGCCGUCCCACAACCCUGAGCUCAGGAGGGAGGGUGACACCAGGAGAGCCGCGGGCUAGGGAGCAGAGCAGUGUGGAUGCGGCAGGGACGACAGAGCGUGGGAGGGGUGGCCCACACAGCUCCGUGGGAACAGUUAAGCACCUUUUGCCCACAGAACCUCCAGGCUUCAGGCUGCUCACAUGUUAACAAUCAAAACCGAAAAGAGCGAGAUGCACAUCUCCCACUAGUUCUGUGAUAUGGUGAUGGUUAUUCUGGGGCGUGGGGAGGAGACAGGUUCUGUCCUCAGGUCUGGGAGACGCUGAGUUCCAUCAAGCCUGUUCUCACAGUCAGCACUUGCAGCGCUGUACCCAUGCUCACCAACUUUGUGGCUCUGGGUGCUGCCGGAGCUCCCAGGACGCUGGCUGACAGUGUGGAGUCCUGCCUUGCCUCUGGCUGUGAUUCCCUCUUCCCAGGGCUUCAAACCCACUGGGAGGAAGACGAGGACGGGGUUCCUUCGAAGUUGAAACAAAUAUCAAGGUUGGGCAGGUGAUUUGGAAAUUUAUAUUCAUUAAAUAAAAGUUUAAAAAAAAAAGGUUGGGCAGGUGCGACCUGUGCAUGCCCAGCAGUGCCCAGACCAGGCCAGAGUGGGAGCUGCCAGGUGUCGCCCUCUGUGGGAAGGAACAGGCACUGAGAAACUAGAAUCGAGGGUGGAAUAUAUGCUGGGGCCAAUGGUGCAUGGGAGCAGAAGCACCAAAAUGGAAGCAGGUGCAGAGGCUGGGGCCAGCCAGGUGGGGAGGGCGCUACCACCACCACCACCCCCCGUCGGGGCCGGGGCUUCUGCCCUGUGUAGAGUUGACAGGUCCUGUUACCGUGGAGUCGUGACAACACUGCAGUUCAGCAGACACUGCCCUGCCUAUUCUACAGUCGGCAAGCUUGAGGCCCAGAGAAGUGGAGCAGCUUGCUCACGGCUAGGGGCAGGACCUGCGUGGGGGUCUUCCACUGGAGCAUGCAGGACCCUCCAGACCAGGUCCACUCGGGCUGCCGGCCUCUGGGUCAGGGUGGCUUCAGCCCCAGGAGCCAAGAGCAUCCUCAGGAGUGAGGCGACCUCUGCUGGGUAGAAUCGGGCCUGGAGGCUGAUGGGCCCUUGGAAGAGUGAUUCCUGGGAGGAGAAGCGACCACGGCUGGUGGUGGGCGCUGGACACAGUAGCCACUGCCUGCCCCACCCCACCCCCGACCCCGUCGUGCAGGCUCCUGAUGGGAAGGCGCAGGAAGCGCUGUGGGUCCCAUGGUUCUGAGCAGGGUGUGGGGGCUGGGCCGGCCUCAGUCUCCCUCACCAUGAGAGUCCUGUGUUCCUUGGUGCUUGGCUUCCUCCAAACCCUCUGGGCCUCUGACCACAGCCCAGGUCUCCCAAGGGCCAGAGAGAAAGUCGCAGGCCGGGUCACGGAUCUCCUAGCCUCCAUCUCUGCCCCUCUCGCACCCAGUAGCAUCCUGCUCAGAACUGCUGGGGCUCCUCAGCCCCUCCUUACAGUGGUCUGGGCUGUGCAGGGUGAGGAGGCCAUCACAAGACCCCAGGCCCCGAGGGCACUACAGGCGGGGAGCUCCCAGUAUCGGCAUCGUAUGUGCGUCCGCCCCAGGACGGGGCACAAGCGCAUUCACACAGGGGGUGCUGAUGCCUGUGUAAGCGGGGUGGGGAGAAGCUGUAGGCCAGGCACUGAGAGGGGGCUCCCGCCACAGAGCUCUGGCAAGUCUCCCCAGGAGACUCGGCUCCAGGGGCCCUUUCAGCCGCAGCUGCCUUCUCCCGAAGUGUAAUGGGAUAGAUCUCAUGGCUCCUGGGGCAGUGAGGUGCCCUAUCUGUGCCAAAGACCGGGGGCCCACCUCGAGGGUGGUGGCCAUGGGGUUCAGAGGUCAGGUCCUCCAAAGUAAGGGGACUCGUUAUACAGGGGCUGCAGCCUUCCCCCGCGGUGCGAGGUCAGGGCCGGCAAGUGGGCUUGGGCCCCUCUUCCAACCACGCUCACGCCCUGGGCUUGGCACAGGGCUCCCGAGUGCCCUGAGGAGCUGUGACAUCGCCCUGCCAGCAUGGAGCCACUGGCAGCUCCCAGAUGGCCACCUUCCCAGAGGGAGGCUGCGUCUCCACAUGCCAAGGAGGAAGUAAGGGAGGGAGCAGCGGAAGUUAGAGGCCCCCGACGUGCGCUCUCGACCUGAAGCCAGUCUGGAGCCUCAGUUUUCUCAGCUGUAAAAUGGAGGCAGCAAUACCCUCCCAGUGCAGCCAAGAGCACAAGUAGGCGAUGUAUCUGCGCUGUGCCAGGCUUGGCACCCAACAGCCACAUACCAAUGACCCCAGGAGAGUGCAGACAGCACCCUCGCCACGGCCCACGCAACGUGACCAGGUCAAGUGAGGCUGGUAGCCCCUGCCCCUGUCUUCACAGAACGCCUCUUUAAGCGAAGCCUUAAGGUGUUGCUCCUUUGUUCACAUUUCUUUGAUGUUUUAUUCAUAUUUUCAUAAGAUAUUUGGCCAAAAAGUGUCUCAAGAGAAUGUAUGAGUGUAGCCAGGUUUCUGUUGAGUGGGGUGGCUUCAAUCAGCCUUCACGCCUCCCGCUUGUGGAAAUGCUUGGGGGUGCCACUCCCUGUGCGUGUGUGUGCAUGUGUGCAGGGGGUCCAGGGGCUCGUCUGUGCCUGUUUACCUGGAGGGAGAAAGAGGAAACCAUCCUGCCUCGUUGAAUCCCUUUCUGUUCUAGAAAGAACAGCCGGGCCCUCAGAGUGGUGCCUGAAGUUUCCGUCUGUCCCGUGUCCAUCAGGCCAGUACAGGAUCACUGACAGCUCAGUCGAUGACCCUGACUCUCCCCCGCCCCUUUGCUAUUUCUAGCACCUGGCUUACUCCCUGGCACACAGGAAGCACGCAAUAAAUGUACGCUGAGAAUGACUAAGAA